AUGAAGAUAGCCACAGUGCCACUGCUUCUGACCCUGGCUCUUUGCCUCAUACAAGAUGCUGCCAGUGAGGAUGAAAAUCAGGAAACAUGCAAUGAAUAUCGGGCCAUGAUGAAAAAUGGAAAAUUGUUCUGUCCUCGAGAUAAAAAAUUUUUUGAAAGGCCUGAUGGAAUAAUGUUCAUCAACAAAUGUACCACAUGCAAAAUGAUAUUGGAAAAAGAAGCAAAAUCUCAGAAAAGGGCCCAGCAUUUAGUCAGAGACACCAGGGCCACUGCCUCAGCAAAGUUGAAUUGCGACGAUUUCAGGACAGGAGAAAGAGAUGGGAAUUUUAUCUGUACCCUUGAUAAUGCAGCUGUUUGUGGCACAGAUGGGAAAACAUACAGCAACAGAUGUGCAUUGUGUGCUGAGAAUGCGAAAACCAGGUCCCAAGUUGGCAUAAAAAGCGAAGGAGAAUGUGAGAAAAAUAAUCCAGAGAAGGACAUGUGUAGUGCUUUUCGGUCUUAUGUGAAGGAUGGAAGACUUGUAUGCACAAGGGAAAAUGAUCCAGUUCUUGGUCCUGAUGGGAAGACGCAUGGCAAUAAGUGUGCGAUGUGUGCUGAGCUGUUCUUAAAGGAGGCUAAAGAAAAUGCCAAGCAAGAAGGUGAGACCAGAAUUCGACGAAAUGCUGAAAAGGAUUUUUGCAAAGAAUAUGAAAACCAAGUGAGGAAUGGAAGACUUUUUUGUACACGGGAGAGUGACCCAGUCCGUGGCCCUGAUGGCAGAAUACAUGGCAACAAAUGUGCCCUGUGUGCUGAAGUUUUCAAACAGCGUUUUUCAGAAGAAAAAAAUAAAGGAGAUAAAAACGUGAGAAAGGUUGAAGAAAAAGUUGAAGUUAAGAGAGAAAUUGGGAAAAUCUGCAGUGAAUAUCAGAAUCAGGCAAAGAAUGGAAUACUCUUCUGUACCAGAGAAAAUGACCCUAUUCGUGGUCCAGAUGGGAAAAUGCAUGGCAACUUGUGUUCCAUGUGUCAAGCCUUCUACCAAGCAGAAGCUGAAGAAAAGAAAAAGGCAGAAGCAAAAGCAAGAAGUAAAAGAGAAUCUGGAAAAGCACCCUCAUAUGCAGAGCUGUGCGGUGAAUACCGUAAGUUUUUGAGGAAUGGAAAACUCCCUUGCACCAGAGAGAAUGACCCCAUCCGGGGCCCAGAUGGGAAAAUGCAUGGCAACACCUGCUCCAUGUGUGAGGCCUUCUUCCAAGCAGAAGAAAAAGAAAAGAAAAAGAAGGAACGUGAAUCAAGAAAUAAAAGACAAUCUGAGAAUACAACUCCCUUUGAGGAGUUGUGUAGCGAAUACCGCAAAUCCCGGAAGGAUGGACAGCUUCUUUGCACUAGAGAGAACGACCCCAUCAAAGGCCCAGAUGGGAAAAUGCAUGGCAAUAUCUGUUCCAUGUGUGAGGUCUUCCUUCAACAAGAAGAAAGAGCGAGAGCAAAGACUAAAAGAGAAGCUGCAGAGGAACUCUGCAGUGAAUUUCGGAACCAAGUGAGGAAUGGAAUGCUCAUAUGCACCAGGGAGAAUGAUCCUGUCCGUGGCCCAGAUGGCAAAAUUCAUGGAAACAAGUGCGCCAUGUGUGCAAGUGUGUUCAAACGUGAAGAAGAAGAAAAGAAAAAUAACGGCAAGGAAAGAAAGAAGAAAGUUGAGGCUGAGAAAGUUAAGAGAGAAGCAGUACAGGAGCUGUGCAGCGAAUACCGUAACUAUGUGAGAGAUGGACGACUUCCCUGCACCAGAGAGAAUGACCCCAUUGAGGGCCUAGAUGGAAAAAUCCAUGGCAACACCUGCUCCAUGUGUCAGGCAUUCUUCCAGCAAGAAGCAAAAGAAAAAGAAGAAGCUGAAUCUAGAGCAAAAGCUAAGAGAGAAGCUAAAAAGGAUGCAUGCAGUGAAUUUCGAAGCCUUUUUCAAAAUGGAAGUCUUUUCUGCACACGAGAAAAUGAUCCCGUGCGUGGCCCAGAUGGCAAGACCCAUGGCAACAAGUGUGCCAUGUGUAAAGCAGUCUUCCAGAAAGAAGAUGAAGAAAGAAAGAGAAAAGAAGAGGAAAAUCAAAGAAAUGCCGCAGGGAAUGGUUCCCGUGGUGGAGGAGGGAAAUCUCGGGACCAGUGUGCUGAGUUUCGGCAAAUGAUGAAAGAUGGAAAACUCAGCUGUACUCGGGAGAGCGAUCCUGUACGUGAUGCUAAUGGCAAAUCUUACAACAAUAAGUGUACCAUGUGUAAAGAGAUACUGCAAAGAGAAGCAGAUGAAAAAAAUAAGCAUUCUGGUAACAGAUCAGAUGAGACUGACUCAGCAUCACAAAAGGAUGAAUGUGAUGAGUUUAGAGGCCAAAUGAAAAAUGGACAACUUAUCUGCACCCGCGAGAGUGAUCCUGUCCGGGGUCCACAUGGCAAGACACAUGGCAAUAAGUGUGCUAUGUGUAAGGAAAAACUAGAAAGAGAAGCAAGUGAGAGAAAAAAGAAAGAGGAGGACAACAGCAGAAAUACAGGAGAAAGGAGCAAUGAAAAACAGGAUCAGUGUCAUGAAUUCCGGAACAUGGUGAGAGACGGAAAGCUUAUCUGCACCAGAGAAAAUAACCCUGUUCGAGGUCCAGAUGGCAAGAUGCAUCCCAACAAGUGUGCCAUGUGUGAGAGCAUCUUUGAGCGAGAAGCUAAUGAAAGAAAAAAGAAUGAUGAAGAAAAAUCAAAUGCCAAGCCCUCAAAAGAUGCAAAGGUUAUUUCUUAAAAGAUAUCAAGAUAACUAUUUUACUUUUCAUCCUCAGAAUCUUGUAUUCUCUUACAUAACA